AUGGGAAUUCAAUGGCGGCAUAUAUUCAGUGAAACUAUCGUCCUUGAAAUAUAUUAACUUUCCCUAUCUACAUGCCCAUUUAUUUCCCAUUAAUGUGUCUUUGCAAACUUCAAAAUAUAAAAGUCUUGCACUCAUGAUCAAGUACAUUGUUAUGGGAUUGCGUGGAUUCUUCUUACUGGCAGCCAAAAUAUGGAGUUUCAUUUGCUACUGUUUUAAACGACAAGCCAGGGCUAUAAUUCAGUACCAGACAGUUAAAUAUGAGUGUAUACCAUUGUCACCAUUAUCUAAACACAGACUGAGUAUGUUGAAAAGAAAGAUAUUGGUAUUAGAUUUAGAUGAAACAUUAAUUCACUCUCAUCAUGAUGGGGUUCUUAGACAAACAGUUAAACCAGGAACUCCUCCAGAUUUUGUAUUAAAAGUAAACAUAGAUAGACAUCCUGUUAGAUUUUUUGUUCAUAAACGACCUCAUGUUGAUUAUUUUUUAGAUGUUGUUAGCCAGUGGUAUGAUUUAGUGGUAUUUACAGCUAGUAUGGAAAUAUAUGGAGCUGCCGUUGCGGAUAAACUGGACAAUAAUAGGGGUAUAUUAAAAAGAAGAUAUUAUAGGCAGCACUGUCAGUUAAUGCAGGGAAGUUACACUAAGCAGUUAACAGAAAUAUGUAAAGAUCUCUCUAGUAUAUUUAUAUUAGAUAAUUCACCGGUGGCUUAUAAAAAUUAUCCAGAUAACGCUAUUCCUAUAAAGUCAUGGUUCAGUGAACCAACAGACAUAUCACUACUAUGUUUACUACCGAUGUUAGAUGCUCUACGAUUUUGUCACGAUGUGCGAUCAGUACUUAGUAGAAACUUACACUUACAUAAAACAGUUUGAGGAAAUUUUAGAGUAUUACCAUGAUAAUAGUUUGUCUUGUCAUCAUCAUAUAGCCUGAGGACCACUACCUCUGAAGUAGAGAUCUGUAUGAUAGCUUGACAGGGACAAGAUUGGCAGAAUGUGACUUAAUGUAUGGUGGGCUAUACCUGACAUAAAUGGCAGAAUGAAUGCAACCAUAACCUAGUAUGAAUGCUUGAAGGCAGCACGAUAUAUCACUGUUUGUAUGAAGGUUUCAAACAUAUAUGUACUAAUUGUGUAAAAAAUAACUUGUUGAAAAAUAAAUGUGAGUUUUUUUCUUAAUAUUUGAGAUAAGUCAACAGUUUAGUACUGUUAAUGUUUAGAAAUGCAAAAAUUACACAUAUAAUCUCUCUUUCUGUCUCUUACAAUGUUGACCAUAUCUUAAAAUACAUGACGUAAGAAAAUAAAAAAUUAUAUGCUUAUUAAUUAUUAUACAUAUUUUUGUCUUUUUACUCUGUUUUCCUUUUUAAUGAAUAACAGAAGAUUAGAGAUAAACCUCAAUGUGACAGCAACCCAAUAACACAUCAAUUAAGGAAAUAUCUAGAGGUCAACAUUUGGUCUUCAACACGUCUAUUUGUAAGAUCAUUUCAUAUAUGUAUUGUAAUAUUUGUGAAAGAAUAGUGUUCAGACAUUGAUCGAGCAAAAUAAAGGAUUUAAAAAUGAUAUGGGAUGAAAUUUUUAACAAUUCUUAGGUCAAAUGAAAGUUGCGUAAGACCCUUUUUCACUGGAAUGUGCUUGGACAUGAUUAAUACUGAAUAAAACAGUAAAUUUCAUGUUAACUUACUAAUUAGUUUUCUUUUGUCUUUUAAUUAAAUUAUAGAAUGUGAUAGAAAAGUUGAACUUUGGGUUGAGACAAAUUGGCUGGAAUAUUUAAAUUCUAAAAGAUUCUAAAGUUGCUCUUUACUUUAACUUUCAUGUACAAAAAAGUAAGGAUACGAAAAAACUAUUUAGAUUGAACUAUUUUUACUACUUAAAAUAUUUCUAGGCAUACUUUUCAUGAUUAAGAAAAAUUAUUAUUAAUGGCUCUGACAAAUUAUAUUAAAGUCCCUUGACAUUUCCUCCCCCCUUAAAAUCACACAAUUAUCUAGAAGUUUCUAAAGGCUGUUGAAAGCUGAGUUGUUAUCGUUUUAACAUAUUCCAACUUUCUCUUCUUACUCAAACACAUGAGUAUAUUUUAAGGUAAAAGUUACGUAUUGAGUACUCCAAAAUCUAAAAAUUUCAUUUACCUCUCAGAUGUAUGACAAGGCUUUAUUUUAAUAUGAAUUCUGUUAAAUGUUAUUAUUGAAAUUUGACAUGCCUGACACAUAUCUACGAAUAAUAGAUGUAACUAAAUAAAAACAAACCAAUUUAUUUUUUCCGUGCAGUUUAUAACAGCUUUCAUACAAUAAUCUAUUUUUUGUGGGGAAUUAAUGGUUAAUGGCCGAUCUUUGUUUUUUAUUUAUUCACAAAGUUUUUAGACACUGGUUGAUUAAGAGCUUUAUAUAUUGUAUAGACAUUUGUCUAUAGUUAAAGACAGCAUGUUGAUCUUUAGAUGUCUUUGGGUCAAUGGUUGUGUUGCUGACUCACAGGUGUAUACCCCAUCUUCUUUUACUCAUAUUUAUGUAAAUUCUAAGUCAGUUGAAACAAUUGUAGGACUUAAAGUCUAGUUAUAUAAACAUAUGUCAUAUUAUAAAUACAAUGUAGUCGUUGAAUGAAAUUACAGCUAUUGAAACAUAUAUAACAGUUUAAAGUGUAACAAUGAAGUCUAGGUAUAUAUGGUAUAAGAACAAAUGAAAUUUACAAAGUGAUUUCUAAGCAGUCUUUUGUUAGUUUGAUUUGGAAAGAUGUCUGUAUACAUAUCAGUCUGACAGGGAACCUACUUAUUUUGGUUUUGGACAUGUUUUCUUACUGAAUUAGUAAUAAUCUAUCUUUGUCAUUAUUAACGGAAAAGUAAUUUGUGAAAUUGUUUAAAUGCAAGCAUUUGCAUAUAUAUAUAAUCUUUUUUUGUCAAAUUAGAAGUGUAAUUUCUUUAUUAAUCCUUAUAUUUUAAUUUUAUUUAAAUGCAUUGAAGUUUUUUUAAAAUGAAUGCUGUAUUUACCUUGUAAAAAGUAGAUAUUAAGAGUAAACUUUAUUUAAAGGAAAAGGCCUGAGAACUAAACUGUAUUUUUUGUUUAUACUUAUUAUUGUAUAAAUUACUGUCUUCCGACACUAUUUACAUACAUUUAAAUAUGAUACUUGAGGCAUUCAUAAAUGUAAGUUGAUUAAAUUUCAGGUGUUACAAAAAAAUAUUGUUGUAAUAAUUACUUGUUUUUCUAGGGUUAUCUUUCUUUGGUCUGCAUCUUUUGAAUGACUUGUACCCCAUAAUACUUGUAUUGUAAUACAAUGUUUUUGUUUUGAAAGUAGAUAAUAGUUGUUAACUUCUAUGUCAUUUGGUCUCUGGUGGAGAGUUGUGUCAUUGGCAAUUAUACCACAUAUUCUUAAUUUUAUAAGUAAUACACAAAUAUCAGUUUACAGUAUGUUAAGGUGAAUACCAUAUUAUUUUUUUCUAAUUUUGGGAACCAGAAACGUUUUCUGUCUUGCUUUGAUAAUGAAGAUUUUUCUUUAUUGUCAAGGUAAGCUGGUAAAAUUUGCAAAUGUCAUGAAUUUUAGAAUUUCAUGUAACAAGUAUACAUAUGUCUUUAAAAAAUCCAUGGUUUUUAGUAAAUCUAUUAAUAAGUUUAUAUUUUCCUAAUUUUACUUCCUUUUUACCUGUAAUUAGAUAUAUAUUAAUACACACACAUCAGUUUACCUUUAAAUCUAUUGUUUGGUAAGGUGAAUUAAACAAUGCUGUCAUGUGUUUGCGAAUUUGCUUUGCUUAUGUCAUAAAAUCAUUUUAACUUUUGACAUCAAGCUAUUUUCUUUCUUCAUGUUUUUGUUAUUUCUUGGCAUUAACCCAAUAAGGUAUCUUAACAUAUAAUUGUUGAUCAGAAAAAAAAUUAACUUGAAACUUAUUGAGGACGAUUUUAUUAAAAUUUUAAUUGAUGAACAUAAAAAAAUGCAGUUCUUAUAAGGCUCACUUGACUGUUGCAUAUGAUUCACCACCAAUAGAGGCAAAUUAAAAACUCUUCAUUUCACUGUACAUGUACUUGCCACCCACCAGUUGAGAUUUCAAACUGCCUUACCUAGGUCUCACUUGUUUUUAUGGAACAGCUUACUACACAAAUGAACUUUAUAUUAAAACAUCAAUGAUAUUUAACUUGGUCGUACACUGAUUGUUCUAGGGUAAAAUCUAGAUAUCUUUUUGAUUUGUGAUGGGAGUCAAAUUGUGAUGGUUUUCUGGCUUAAAUGUUUUGCAAUUUUCUUUGUUAAAGUUAACUAUAUAGUGCUAUACUUAUACUACAUAUACAUAGUACUAUCUCUCUAGUUAUUUUGUUUUGUUGAUUUUUUAGAGUAUAUCAAACUCAAAUUUUAUAUAAGAAAAAGUUCACUAUUUGUUGCUAUGUAUCAGAAGUAAUUGUAUAUAAGUUUAUUCAGACUAUACCAAAUUAUAUUAUAUGUUGAGAGUUUUUUCCCUCAAGAUUGAAGAUUUUAAACUCAAGAUACUGAUAACUGUAUAACAUGAGGGAGGUCAUAAUUAACAGCAUUAUAUAAACAUGAUCAAAUAAUAUGUCAUAUUAAUAACAUAAAUACAUGUAGAAAAAACAAUAAAAUAUAUACUUUUUCAACAUUUUAAAACAUAUGGACACUGUUUUGAUAAAUACAAAAAAUAGUUUAUACAGCUGAAAGUUACAAUUGAAUAAAGAAUUUCAAUUUUUUUAUUAUAAGGAUUCAAUAUAUUGUAGUUCGGUGGAAACUAUUCCCUUAAAACAACAAUAUUUUGAUAUUAGUACAUUUAAAAAUCAAAUAAAAUUCAUUCCCAUUAUAAUACUAUCACAUAGUCCAUAUUCUAUUCCACCUCAAAAUAUUUAAAAUGAGCAAGUAUCAGUGUAGUAUUACCUCACCUUUAAUUGGUCAGUACACAACAAGAUGUCAGGUGUAAAAUUAGUAACUCAAACAUUAAUAAUUCAUUUUCAAACAUCAAAGAUAUUUCCAAUAAUCCAAAAUUAUAACUCCCCCCUUAUUAAUGCCUUGUGUGAAAAUUUGAAACUGUUCGCCAUUAUACAAAGUAAUAAUCCAAAUCGUAAUGCAUUAUGAAUUAGAACGGUUGAACUUGAUGCAAUAUUUUAUGAAUAAAUUUAUUAAUUUAAUUUGAUAUGCUUUUUUCUCCCCAUGUAGAUUAAAAUCAUCAGACAAUAUGUCUUAAUAAAUCUUUACAAGUCCAGAAAAUCGUUCCAUACCUUUAAAUGUAACUUUAUUUGAUUGACCUAUUAUCCUGUUCACUUGUAAUGUUUCCCUUCGGAAAGAUAAAAUAAUGUUAAACAUUAAAAGUAUCCCAUAAUGAUUAUAAUAACCUUUGACCAUCCUUUGAAACACACAUUCCAAAAUUGAUUCCAGUUAUGAAUCUAAUAUACCGUAAUAUAGUUUAUAUUCACAGAGUUAUAAUUUCGCUAUUUCAAAGGCAAAACCUGGUAGAAGUUUUAUAUAUGCAUUUUUCUUGUCUUUGAUUGUCAUUUGCCUUUAAGAUCAAAUUUUUGCAUUUUUAUCUUAAUGGCAAAAAACUAGCGGGAAUAAAACCUCUCAUGAAAAUUGAUCACUUUACAGUAUACAGUAACCAUAUCCUUACAAUUUACAAAAGAUAGUUUUUGUCACAGAGGAUGUUCAAAACUUUUUUUUUUUAUUGUAUUACACUGUCUUUGUCCAUAAAAAAAUAAUUAAAGUACAGAAAAAGAUUUCUAUGUUAAAGUAUAAACCUCCAUAAUAUAACACCAGUAAAUUGGCUUCUGUGUAAAAAAAAUCUAUAGGUUAAUUUUUUAUUCCCUGACGUGAAAAUGUCACAAAAAUAUGUUUGUUAAAAAUGUACAAAUGUUACAAAUCAGCCAUACUAUUAAAGUGACCAAUCAGUCCAAAAAUUAAAUGGUGCAUGACUAUUUUCUCUGUUUGAAUAUUUACAAAAUGUAAACCUUGAUAUAAAUUAAAAAUACAUUUUCAAUAAUCCAGAUAGUUAUUUCAUGGAAAUGUGAGUAAUUUUGGAAUACUUGUUUGUACAUGUAUUAGUAAGUUUUGUAUUUCUCACCAAGAGUGGAUGUUGGAAACCAGUUUUGUAUUUCUCACCAAGAGUGGAUGUUGGAAACCAGUUUUGUAUAAGAUUAUAAUGCACUUUUUGAACAGAAACACCUAUGUGUAAUUUUACAUUAAUAAAUUUGUUUGAUAGAUUUUAUAAAAUUAUGUUAGUGAGCCUGAAGGUCAUGUGAUAUGUGAUCUAUGGUGGGUCACAUGACCAGUGAUCCAUGAUGGGUCAUGUGAUCAGUGAGUCCUAAAGGCUGUGUGAUCAUUUAUAUGUGAUCUUCAUAAAAUGUUUUAUGUUUAGACAAUAAUAAAAUGUUAAUCCUUGUGGAUUUCUAAUGAAAUGAA